AGACCUACCAGUGUAUUAAAUGCCAAAUGACGUUUGAGACGGAAAGAGAGAUCCAGAUCCAUGUGGCUAAUCACAUGAUCGACGAGCCCACCUGUCAGCAAGAGGAGGGCAUCAAUCACGAGUGCAAGCUGUGUAACCAGAUGUUUGACUCACCUGCCAAGCUGCUGUGCCACCUGAUAGAGCACAGCUUUGAAGGCAUGGGUGGUACCUUCAAGUGUCCCGUCUGUUUUACAGUGUUUGUGCAGGCCAACAAGCUCCAGCAGCAUAUUUUCGCCGUGCACGGCCAGGAGGACAAGAUCUACGACUGCUCCCAGUGUCCGCAGAAGUUCUUCUUCCAGACAGAGCUACAG